GUGGUCAGAUUCUAUCCGACGUCUAAGGAUCAGAAUGAAUACAUGGAGGUUAGUUUGGCCAGUUGGUUGGUCGGUGAUUUAGACGAUUCGAAGAAUGGCUAUACAAGGUGGCCCCCAGAUACCAAGCCGAUUAGUCAGUUAGUGAAGAAUCAGGCACCUUGUAAUGAAAAAUGGGACAAGUUCAAGGUGCAAGUAAUGAAAUAUUAUGAUACCUUUUCAAAGGCAUUAGCAGCUGUUCCAAAGUUCGUAGCAGAUUCCACAUAUGAGACUGAAGACCCUGAAAUACCAGUGAAGAGACGAAGAAUUAGAACACAGAGAUUUGAAUCCAGUAGUGAAGAUGAUCUUCCCGUCAAGGCUAGUGUCAAGAGCAUUAAACCUCCACCAGCCAUCAAAGCGAAGCCGAACCAGCAGUUGAGCAGGGCAGCCCUGAAAUCAAAAGAUAAGCAAGCCAUUAUCGAAAAGCUUAAACAAGCAAAAGCCACUUUAGCGGCUAAGACUAAAUCUCCAUCUAAAGGUAGCCCAUGGAAGGUUACUGCCCAGGAUAAUGAAGUUUCUCCCCAGAAAUGUAAGGAAGCUGCUUCUGCCUCAUCAACUAGGAAUUCUGUGAGAACUCCUGAUGUUACUCCCGAGAAAUCACAGCAGGCUGCUUCUUCAUCUCGGAAUCAUGUGAGAACUCCUACACCUUUUCUUGAGUCUCCUCCAGCUUCUCAACACAAUUCACCUGGACGCUCCACUCAACCCUCUCCUGUGGGCUCUACUCAAGGUGGUGAGACCCAUCACGAGGACCUUAUGGACUACGGGUUUGAGACUGAAGAAAAGGAUGACAACCUUGAUACUCCUAUCAUGACACCAUACAAAUCUCCUCCCAAGAGGUCACCGUCUAACAGACUUACCCGCUCAAAUGCAUUCUGUUACUCACCUGAAACUGCUGCUGCCUACACUGCUGACCUACAUGCUCGUGUGGCUCGGAAGGCAGAUGGCAAUGGCACAUCAGAGUUGAGGGGGGUUCGCAAUCUGUUUCCGUCCAGUCAACCAAAAGAAGGUAAUAAAUUUUAAUUUGCAUUCUUUUUAU